AUGCCCAUGCCCACGAUCGAGGAUACAAGUCGAGGAAGAAACAGCACGGAAUGGCGGAGCAGCAGCAGCAGCACAGCACAGCACGCCAGUACACAUUCUCUCUUCCGCUCUCUUCCGAAGCUUAUACACAUGGUGUUGUGGCCACGAGGGAUCAUUCCCUUUGGGACGUCUUUUUGUGUCUAUGGUGCUGAGCUUAUCGGAGAGCCCAUGCACCAGUCCUCCCACGGUGUGCGCGUGUAUAUGAAACAGAUUACGGCUCGACCACACCAGGAUUUUCUCUUCUCGGAACUUCUGGUAGUGCCUCGAGAGGCCGUCUGCCGCCAGCCACGGCUUUUCCGAAGCGCCAAUAAGGCGCGAAGACAGUGUACGGCAUGCUAA